CAGGCACCGGGCCACCAGGCGGAGCGGCGGGCACCGGGCCCCCAGGAGGGGCGACAGGCGCCGGGCCCCCAGGUGGGGCAGCGGGCGCCGGGCCCCCAGGCGGAGCAACAGGCAUCGGGCCCCCAGGCGGGGCGGCGGGUGCCGAGCCCCCAGGAGGGGCGACAGGCAUCGGGCCCUCAGGCGGGGCGGCGAGCGCCGGGCCCCCAGGCGGAGCGCCGGGCGCCAGGCCCCCAGGAGGGGCGACAGGCAUCGGGCCCCCAGGCGGAGCGACGGGCGCCGGGCCCUCAGACGGGGCGGCAGGCACCGGGUCCCCAGGAGGGGCGGCAGGCACCGGGCCCCCAGGAGGAGCGACGGGCACCGGGCCCCCAGGAGGAGCGGCGGGCGGAGCGGCGGGCACCGGGUCAUCAGGCACGACAAUGGGCAUCGGGUCACCAGGCAUCAGGUCAUUUGGCUCGCCAGCGGGCACCGCGUCAUCUGGCAAGGCAGUGGGCACCGAGUGACCAGGCACGACAGUGGGUCCCG